CAAUGGUUGCGUCAGCGUGUCAGAGAAGUAUUUAGGGACAGGCCAAACAGGCAGUCUUCACUCCCAGAAUUCAGUCUCUCCGGUCAGCGCUCUGAGGAACAACAGCCAAAUCUAAAAAUGAGACUGCUUGUCGCCAUUUCCGUGCUGGUCCUUGUGCUGGCUGCACACUCUGAUGCCGAGGAGGCUGAAGCAACGAUCGAGCAGCGCUUUACCCAGUUCCAGCAGCAGAUGCAGACUCUGACUGACGACAUUACUGAGAAGACCAAGACCGCCCUGGAGCAGUUCCACACCAGCGAAUUUGCCACCAAGACCAAGAACUUCUUCACUGAGCAGUUUGAGAAGAUCAAGGCGAAGAUGGAAGAGACCUUCCCCAAUCAGAACUAAGGGCCUACCCCAUAAAAAAAAACGUUUCUCAGCUGCUCUGCUUUGGACCGCAAGAUUAUCUGACCCCCUGUGCAAGAUGGACAUCUUUAACCAUUUGCCACCAUGCCAAACAUAAAACAAUCUUGUUACAAAAUGUAGCGUUUCUGUGCUAAUCCAUAGUGUUUUUUACUCAAUGGAUUGAAUGCACACAAUCACUUUUAAAGUACAAUGUCUAAUUAUGCAAAUGUUUUUUAAAGCUGUUGAAAACAAUAAAAUGUGAAUAUAAUGUGA